AUGGCUGAUUUUAGAACGAUGCAAUAUUUGAAGAUGGACCAAAGGCCGUCAAAUAGGCGGAUUCUUCUGAAUAGAAUGUUGUACCAAAGACAAUCAACUGGAUGGGCUCUUCCGAACGGGGUGAUGGACCACAGACAUUCAAAUGGACAAGCUUUUCCGAACGGAGUGGUGAGCCAACGACAAUCAAAUGGACAUGCUCUUCUGAAUGAAGUGAUCAACCAACGUCAAUCAAAUGGAUGGACUCUUCUGUAUGAGAAAUUAUUUGAAAAAGUACUAACUAGUGAUGUUGGGAAACUGAGCCGGCUACUCAUCCCCAAAAGUUAUGCUAAGAAGCACUUCCCUAAUGUUACAGUAGAAGCCACCAAUUUAUUUUUCGUUGACAAGGAUCUUAAGCCUUGGACCUUUCGAUAUUGUCAUUGGAAAAGCUGUCGUAGCUUUGUGUUUACAAAGGAGUGGUACAAGUUUGUUGGGGAGAAAGACCUUAAGGUUAAUGACACCGUCAUCUUUUAUAAGUGUAGAUAUAGAGAAGAGUUGAGAGAAGGGUUAGCAUUUUUCAUGAUUGAUACAAGGUCUACACAAGACCAACGAAAUGAUGAUUAUGUUGGACGAAACCUAGGGUCGUUACAACUUGGUUAUUCUGGACAUAUGUUGAAUGAGGAAGGGAGAAGAGGUUUCUUCAGUUAA